AUGGAAAUCACAAAUAAACAACUUCUUGAGGAAAUAAUUCGCUGUAAUAAAGAUCUGAAAGCAACAAUAGAAGCUGUUGAAGUUAGGGUUACCUUGAAAAUAGAGGAGAUAAAGCAUAGGUUAGAGAAAGUCGAAAAGGAAAAUCAAGAGCUGCAAACAAAAAUAGAAUCACUCGACAGAGCAAACAGAAAAAACAACAUCAUAAUAUUUGGAUUGGAGAGGGAAAAAACCGAAGAUUUAAAUAGUGGGGAAAUUAUUGAACUGCUGAAAAAUCUAUCAGAUAUAAAUAUUGUCGAAGCUGACCUCAAUAAUUUCUAUAGACUUGGAAAGACAAGUAAAAGUCCAGUCAAAAUAGAGUUCAUUUCUUAUUUGAAAAAAUCUUUGGUUCUCAAGAACUGCAAAAAACUAAAGGGAACUCGAAUACACAUUGCCGAUGAUUUAACCCUCACCCAAAGAGAGGAAGGAAAAAUAUUGAGAAAACAUCUGUUUCUUGCAGAAGAAAACCAAGAAAUCGACUGCUACAUCAAGAACAACAAACUGUAUGUAAACAAAAAAUCAUUCACUGCUGCCGACCUCGAAGCUACUCACGGCGAUUAUUACACCAAUCAAAACAAACCACAUAGUGCCCCAGGAACUCCAGUUGCCAAAGAAAAUCCCCCUGUCUUUCAAAAACCCAAUUCCCAAAACAUCGAGAAAACUCAAGACAUCCCAAGUACAAAAUCUGCUGUUCCAAAGAAGACACCGAAAGAUACUAUAAUAGAAAAACCAAAUACUAGGAAGAACUCUGCAUCAAAGUACUAG